AUGGCCAUGCCUCAGCCGUCUUGGGGCAUCGGUGUCUCCGAUGCGCCAUCUUCGCCGCGAACAAUGCGCACGCUGCGCAAGAUCCAAUCCCAUCAGGUCCUAACAACAUCUAGUGCCCUUAUUGCCCAAACACAGUCGUCACACCUCUCGGCCACUCAUGGUACCGAUACCGGAUCGUCUGCAACACAAUCGGGCUCCACGAUACGUACCCCAGCCCGUCGGCCUCGGUCAAACAGUGAUGCGGCUGCUCGUGAACCAUCGUCACUGGUAGCGCCAGUCCCGACGCAGAGGCGCCCUGCUCGGAAAACUGGAUCGGGGGUGGGCAUCAAGAGGUCUCUUUUGGAGAAUCUUGUGCGCGAUGGUCCACAUAAUGGAAACACCAAGCAAGCUUUGCAGGAGCUGAAAUACCUUGUCUUGUCCACCGGAGUAGACGCGGAUGGAGACGGCAUGUCCCCGUACCGAGUCUAUCUAUGGCUUAUUCUUCUCAACGUUGCGCCGCUUCCGACUGACGACUACCUCGCCCUUGUCCACCGUGGCGGCUCUCCCGCGUACGCGAAGAUUCGCAAUGAUACUUUCCGCACCCUCGCGACCGAUCCGCUCUUCAAGCGCCGUGUAACCGAAGCAAGUCUGAUUCGGCUACUGAAUGCUGUGGCAUGGAAGCUCCAUGACACCAAAAACAAGCCUCGAUCCCGGCCUUCCUCAUCCAGACGGCUCGAAAUGGAGAUGCUGGUGAACACACCACCCAGCAUUAAAGAAGAACCAGAGUUGGAGGAUCCUGGCUCAGGCCCCAGCAGCGCGAUCAAUGAUUCGGCGAUAUAUGUCCAGGGCAUGAAUGUCCUCUGCGCACCUUUCCUGUAUGCAGCUCGCAGCGAGGUAGAGGCAUUUGCCCUCUUCCAUUACUUUGUCACCAAGGAAUGUCCGGGCUAUAUUCGCGGUGCCAUGGAUGGAGUGCACAGAGGUCUUCGACUUGUUGAUCGAUGCUUGGAAAUCGUGGAGCCCAAGCUUGCAGCUUACCUCUUUUCCAAGGGAAUGUAUGCUGAACUUUACGCCUUCCCAUCGGUACUGACGCUGUGCGCCUGUACACCACCUUUGCCAGAGGUUCUGCAUUUGUGGGACUUCCUAUUUGCAUAUGGUCCUCAUCUGAAUAUCUUGUGCAUUGUUGCUCAGUUGAUUCGUAUGCGGGACACCCUCCUUGAAAGCCCGAGUCCCAACAAAGUUCUUCGAUCUUUGCCUCCCCUCGAUGCGAAGGGUAUCAUCGCUUUGACGGUUCUCUUAGUGCAAAAGAUUCCCGAUGAUCUCUACGCGGAGAUGGUUAAUCACGCAAAGUGA